AUGGCAAACGUAUUAAAUUACGUGUUAAAUUACUUGAAUAUUUCAGAGAAUAUGUUGAAUAACGUAGACGAUGAAGAAAUAUCGAGUGACGCAGGGGAAGAAGAUAUGUCAAAAGCAUUAAUUGAAUAUUCCGAACAGUUAGAAAAUAAUUUAGCGAGAAUAAAAAAGUUUGAUUACUCUCAAUUCAAAAACAAAGAAAUUAUUGGAUAUGGAGCUUCAGCAGUUGUUUAUUCGGCUGUUAUCCAAGGAAAAAAAUACGCGUUAAAAAGUCUGAAAAACAAUCUAAGUUUUGAUAAAAGAGCAUUAAAAAGGAUUAAGCGUGAGGUGAAUACUACACCACAUACACUUGAAAAUCUAUCAAAAGAAACUUCUAUUAAAUUUAUUAUAAAUAUAUUAUCAGAGGAUUUCUAUUCAAUGCCAAAAGAUUCUAAAGACCUUCAAUUAUCAAAAGAAACGUCUAAUGAAUUAAUUAUAAAUAAUCUGGAUAUACUACCAGAGGAUUUCCAUUCAAUGUCAAAAGAUUCUAAAGACCUUCAAUUAUCAAAAGAAACGUCUAAUGAAUUAAUUAUAAAUAAUCUGGAUAUACUACCAGAGGAUUUCCAUUCAAUGUCAAAAGAUUCUAAAGACCUUCAAUUAUCAAAAGAAACGUCUAAUGAAUUAAUUAUAAAAAAUCCGAAAAUACCAUCAGAGGAUUUACAUUCAAUGUCGAAAGAUUCUGAAGACCUUAAAUUAUCAGAAGAAACGUCUAAUGAAUUCAUUAUAAAUAAUCCAGAAAUGCAACCAAAAGAUUUACAUUCAAUUUUAAAGGAUUCUGAAGGUCUCAAGUUAAGUUCAACACAUAUUGAUGGAAGACUUUUGAUGGUUUCUCAAUUUUUACCGACCCUGGCUACUCGAAAGUCUUCUAGUGCAUCUAGUGGUUUGCUGUGCAUACUCGAUGAAUUAGCAAAGAUGAUAAAAUUUAUUUGGAUCGGAUGUCCAGGCAGCAGUGAAGGAGACAAGAUCACAGCCCAGUUAAAUGAAUGUUCUUACCAUCCUGUUUUUAUUGAAGAUUCCUUAUUUAAAGGUCAUGAUAAUUUCUCUAACUCAACAUUAUGGCCACUAUUUCACUAUCAUUAUCCCGGUGAACUCUUUUUUUGUAAAGAAGAUUGGAAUGCAUAUAAGAUUGUUAAUAGUCUUUUUGCAGAUGCUAUUAGUGAAAUAGUUCAAGAUGGUGACUUAAUAUGGAUUCAUAGUCGUCAAUUUAUGCUUUUGCCAGAUUUGUUAAGAAAAAAACUUAGUGAUAGAAAUUUAAAUGUAAAAAUUGGAUACUUUUUACACGUACCGUUCCCAAGUUGUGAGAUAUAUAGAAUUCUUCCUGUUCGUGAAGAAAUCCUUACUAGCAUUCUGAAAUCUGAUUUAGUUGGGUUUCAAACCUUUAAUCAUGCUCGUCAUUUUCUAUCUUCAUGCACCAGUAUAUUAGGUUUGUUAGCUAAACCUAAUAGAGUUUACUAUGAGGGUAGACUUGUACAUGUUGGCAUAUUUCCUAUUGGUAUUAAUCCGGAUAGAUUCAUCAAAAGCUUAAAAGAAUCAAAGGUUCAAGAACAAAUUAAAACCUUAAAGGAAAAGUAUAAAGGCAUUAAAAUUAUUAUUGGCGUAGAUCGAUUGGAUUCUGCUAAAGGUGUUCCGCAAAAGUUUCACGCUUUAGAUUUAUUCUUGAGUAAACAUCCUGAAUGGAUCGGUAAAGUUAUACUUAUUCAGAUAGUCACUCCUACUCGAAAGGAUAGUGAAGAGUAUCAAAGUUUCUGUCAAGCUGUUAAUGAGCUUGCAGGAAAAAUUGAAGGAAAAUAUAGUACUUUUGUACUAUCACCGAUUCACUUUAUUAAUCAUAGUGUUCCUUUUGAAGAGUUAUUAGCACUAUACAAAGUUUCAGACGUAUGCAUAGUUUCAUCAAUAAGGGAUGGAAUGAAUCUUGUACCUUACGAAUACAUUUCAUGUCAACAAGAUAGCCAUGGAGUGUUAAUUAUUAGUGAAUUUGCAGGAGCCGCUCAAUGUUUGGAUGCUGUUACAAUGAACGAAAAUUUACGUAAAUUAAAUUAUCAAAAGUUACACUAUUACGUUACAAAGAAUACUGUUUCUUUUUGGGGAAAAAGUUUUGUUAAAGAACUAGCGCGUGUUGAGGAAUAUAAUUCUCGAAUUGUGACUUCACAUUUAGAAAUUAAUCAAGUUUUAAAAGUUGCAAAGACUGCUAAGAAAAGAAUUAUUCUAUUAGAUUGCGACAGAACAUUAAUUACUACUCAUAAAUAUGAAAAGCAAUCAUGUUCCCCGAAUAAUAUCAUUUCUACCCUUAAAUCACUACAAGCAAAACCGAAUACGUAUGUAUAUAUAUUGUCUGGUCGUGGCAGAGUUGACCUCGAUAAAUGGUUUGAACCAGCUGGUGUUGGCUUGUCUGCAGAACAUGGUUGCUUUUACAAACACCCAAAAUGCCUACAAGAAAAAGAAAAUCCAAUUCUAAAUUGUGUGCUUAAAAACAUGACUAUAAAAGAAGAAAAUAAUAAUUGGUACAGACUUGUUGAACAAGUUGAUCCUGAAUUAAAGGAGAAACUUCUUCAUUUAUUUAAACAUUAUGAGGUAAGAACUCAUGGAGCUUCUGUUGAGGAAAAAGAGAUUGGCAUAGUAUGGCAUAAUAAUUGUUCAGAUCGAAAAUUUGGUUCAAGACAGACUAUGGAUUUACAAGUUAAUUUGAUGUCCUCUUUAGUUCAUAUGCCUUUAAAUAUUAUCUUAGGAGAUAAUAUUUUAGAAAUCCGAUCUUCAUUAGUUGAUAAAUCAGCUGUAGUUCGUGCCAUUUUUAAAGAUUUACAUGUUACACCUGAUCAUUUUGUACUUUGCAUUGGUGAUGAGAAACCAGAUGAACCUAUAUUUACUUUACUAGAAAAAAAUGACGAAUUUAAAUCUUUGAAUUAUUUUACAAGUAAUGUUGGAAAUAAACCAACUAAAGCUAAGUUCUUCCUAAAUGAUGAUUUGGAUGUUCGAAAUUUAUUGGAAAAAUUGGUAUCAGAACUGCUCGAUUAA